CACCCUGUCUUCCGCUCUCCGGGUCUCUUCUUCUUCCGAUUUUAGCAUCAUCGGUUCUCUGAAAUUAUAUCCCUGAAGCUCGUCUGUAUGCAUCUGUACAAGGAUACGAACACCCUCAGGUUUUGAUUUUUUUUCUUAUUUCUGGGGUAUUUCGGAAUGUCAGCGUUGGAGUAUCUUUCGCCGUUAACUUACAGCAAAUUCUAUCUAAAUUCGAAUUCGAAUUUCUAUCACUGGCAAGGAUGGGGCUUUUCCCCACAGAAAUCGACGUUUUUUUGCAAGAAUUCGAGUCAUUACGUUGCGAAUUCCGGGGCGGUUCCGCCCUUUAGAGCUUACAAGCAAGUUAAUUUGUCGAGGAAUUCAGAGAGGUUCAAUUUGUGGGGAGGUUUUGUGAGGAACUACGGACUCAGAAAGGGUUGUUGUAGCGUUAGAGCUAGCGGUCAAGAAAGCGAUUCGACCGCGGCGGGUUCGGGUUCCAGUGAGCAGAGUGAAGCUGCGAAAGCCAGCGAGGGUCAAGGGGUCAAGAAUUCGCCGACUUCCGGUUCGAACCGGAGGAGGGAGAAACAUGGGAAAGGUGGGUGGUGGUGGAGUUCUAAGGGAGGGAAGUGGAGAUGGCAACCCAUAGUUCAGGCUCAGGAAAUUGGAGUUUUGCUCUUGCAGUUGGGAAUUGUGAUUUUCGUUAUGCGGUUGCUUCGCCCCGGGGUUCCAUUACCUGGGUCGGAGCCGAGGACUCCCACUACGUUUGUUAGUGUGCCAUACAGCGAUUUCUUGAGUAAAAUUAACAGUAAUCAAGUGCAGAAGGUGGAGGUUGAUGGUGUCCAUAUCAUGUUUAAAUUGAAGUCUGAUGUUCAGGAUAGUGAAGUUGCGGGAGCAAGUAAGUUGCAAGAGUCAGAAUCGUUGAUUAAGAGUGUCGCUCCAACGAAAAGGAUAGUUUACACAACAACAAGGCCAAGUGAUAUAAAAACUCCGUACGAAAAGAUGUUGGAAAAUGAGGUAGAGUUCGGGUCACCGGAUAAACGUUCUGGUGGAUUCUUUAACUCAGCUUUGAUAGCCUUGUUCUAUGUUGCUGUGCUUGCUGGGCUUCUGCAUCGAUUCCCUGUGAGCUUUUCUCAGCAUACUGCUGGUCAGAUUAGGAACCGGAAACCAGGUACCUCUACUGGUGCAAAGUCAUCUGAUCAAGGCGAGGCUAUCACUUUUGCUGAUGUUGCUGGUGUUGAUGAGGCUAAGGAAGAGUUAGAAGAGAUUGUGGAAUUUCUUCGAAACCCAGACAAAUAUAUUCGACUUGGUGCUCGUCCUCCUCGGGGUGUUCUCCUGGUGGGUCUUCCUGGAACAGGCAAGACUCUACUAGCUAAGGCUGUUGCUGGGGAAGCUGAUGUGCCAUUCAUAAGCUGUUCUGCUAGUGAGUUUGUGGAGUUAUAUGUUGGCAUGGGUGCCUCCCGUGUGAGAGACCUCUUUGCACGGGCAAAGAAGGAAGCUCCAUCCAUAAUAUUUAUUGAUGAGAUAGAUGCUGUGGCCAAAAGUCGUGAUGGGAAAUUUCGUAUUGUCAGCAAUGAUGAGCGAGAGCAAACCUUAAAUCAGUUGCUCACUGAGAUGGAUGGGUUUGACAGCAACUCUGCCGUUAUUGUUCUUGGUGCAACUAAUCGUGCCGAUGUUUUAGACCCUGCACUUCGUCGACCAGGGAGAUUUGAUCGUGUAGUUAUGGUGGAAACUCCUGAUAGGAGUGGAAGAGAAUCCAUCCUAAAAGUUCAUGUUGCCAAGAAAGAACUUCCUUUAGCCAAAGAUGUUGACCUCAGUGACAUUGCUGCUAUGACCACUGGUUUCACUGGGGCAGAUCUUGCAAACCUUGUAAAUGAAGCUGCCUUAUUGGCUGGAAGACAAAACAAAAUUGUUGUGGAGAAAAUUGAUUUUAUUCAAGCCGUGGAGAGAUCAAUAGCUUUCAGCAUCAAUAUGGCGUCAGUUCAUGCUAAUGCGACAUCAAUUGUUGGCAAGAAUGGCAAUCAUGUUUCUCAACCAAAGCUUGCCGGUACUGCAUUCUUGCCUGGAUUUGAUGUUACUGGGCGCGUUUCCAGUAGUUGGAAGAAAGAACUUGUCCCAUUUUCCAUGGCCUUGGGCCCUAGAGCUACAUUGACAUUUGAUCCUCCAACUACUAAUUCAGACAGAAGCAGACAAAAGAAGAACACUGUUGACCCUGCUUCUCCAGAUUUUCUGCCUCUUCCUUCCUUUGAACAAUGCUUUCCAAAAAGCACAAAAGAACACAAGGAAGUUAUACAUGAAGAAACCGGUCAUGUGCUCAAAGUUCCCUUCAGACGAGUUCACCUGUCCGGGGAUGAACCGCACUUCGACGCCUAUGAUACUAGUGGCCCUCAAAAUAUAAGCCCAAGGAUUGGGCUCCCUAAGUUGCGCAAGGACUGGGUUGACAGGCGGGAGAAAAUAGGUGCGCCAAGAUUCACUCAAAUGUAUUAUGCUAAGCAGGGAAUCAUUACUGAAGAGAUGCUAUUUUGUGCUUCCCGUGAGAAGCUUGACCCAGAGUUUGUCAGGUCAGAAGUUGCUCGUGGACGAGCUAUCAUCCCUUCCAACAAGAAGCACCUGGAACUAGAGCCCAUGAUAGUUGGAAGGAACUUUUUGGUGAAAGUAAAUGCAAAUAUUGGAAAUUCAGCUGUUGCAAGCUCUAUAGAAGAGGAAGUCUACAAGGUUCAGUGGGCAACUAUGUGGGGAGCUGAUACAGUCAUGGACCUCUCCACGGGUCGCCACAUUCAUGAAACUCGAGAGUGGAUCCUACGGAACUCUUCUGUACCAGUUGGGACUGUACCAAUCUAUCAAGCACUUGAAAAAGUAAAUGGAGUUGCUGAAAAUCUCAGCUGGGAAGUUUUCAGGGAUACCCUGAUUGAACAAGCUGAACAGGGUGUUGAUUACUUCACCAUACAUGCAGGAGUGCUUCUAAGGUAUAUCCCAUUAACAGCAAAACGCAUGACUGGAAUAGUCUCCCGAGGAGGAUCCAUUCAUGCAAAGUGGUGCUUAGCUUAUCACAAGGAGAAUUUUGCUUAUGAACACUGGGAUGACAUCCUUGACAUUUGUAAUCAGUAUGAUGUGGCCUUGUCCAUAGGUGAUGGGCUACGACCCGGGUCCAUCUAUGAUGCAAAUGACACUGCUCAGUUUGCUGAACUCUUGACACAGGGAGAGCUGACCCGUAGAGCAUGGGAGAAGGACGUGCAGGUGAUGAAUGAAGGACCUGGCCAUAUACCAAUGCACAAGAUUCCUGAAAACAUGCAGAAACAACUGGAAUGGUGUAAUGAAGCUCCAUUUUACACUCUUGGUCCUUUAACAACUGAUAUAGCUCCUGGUUAUGAUCACAUCACCUCUGCAAUUGGUGCUGCCCAUAUUGGAGCACUUGGCACUGCUCUUCUAUGUUAUGUGACUCCAAAAGAACAUCUUGGGUUGCCAAAUAGGGAUGAUGUGAAGGCAGGAGUUAUAGCUUACAAGAUAUCUGCUCACGCUGCUGAUUUAGCAAAAGGUCAUCCACAUGCUCAAUCCUGGGAUGAUGCAUUAAGCAAGGCUAGAUUUGAAUUCCGAUGGAUGGACCAGUUUGCCUUGUCAUUAGAUCCAAUGACUGCUAUGUCCUUCCAUGAUGAAACACUGCCAUCAGAAGGUGCCAAGGUAGCCCAUUUCUGCUCUAUGUGCGGACCUAAAUUCUGCUCUAUGAAGAUAACAGAGGAUGUGCGUAAGUAUGCUGAGAAACAUGGUUAUGGGAAUGUUGAGGAAGCUUUAAAGCAUGGGAUGGAUGCUAUGAGUGCUGAAUUUCAAGCUGCCAAGAAAACUGUCAGUGGGGAACAACACGGUGAAGCUGGUGGAGAAAUUUACCUGCCAGAAAGUUACAUAAAUUCCAAGGAGGGGCCCAUAUGAAUGGAGUGACUGAUCGAACAUUUGAAAUGGAACUUGGAGCUGGUUGCAUAUUAGGCGUAUCAGAUUGGUGAAGAAUAAUUUUCAAGUUUCAAGCUGCCGGAGAAUGCAAAGUUCAGUUUGUUAGACAAUCUUUUAAACUCUAUCCUUAUUCUGUCUGUCUGGUGUCCAAUAAUUUCCAUGAACAAACCUAUCAUUUUAACUAGUUCCACCUUUAGAUUGGUCUUCAUCUUUUGGGAAAUCUUAUUAACAUCCAAGAUGCACCAGGGGUGCCUUCAUCUGCAUUAGCUCCGGCUUUGAAGAGCUGGGAUGCUAGCAGAUCGGGCUGAGAUAGUCCCUUUGAACCUGAACAGGGUAAAGCCUGCGUAGGGAGCGUGCAUUGUUCCUUUUUUCUGCGUUUUUGUAUGCAUUGCAGCAGUGCAGGGAGUUUGCGUUGUAAUCUGGUUUGAGCUAGCUAGCUAGCUGACUUCUGGGAAGCAGAUUCUGCAUGACGAUCAUGAAGUUUCAGAGAACCAAAUCUUUACAUAACGAGAUCUGGCUCAUGUCCCUUGGCACUUUAAGUUGGUGAACUACUAUGUGAAGGGUAAUUCUAUGGAGCCUUCUAUUUCUUGGAAGAUUUUUAUUAUUAGAUGCAUGCAGUGACAACAUAAAGAUGCAUCUAAUAAUGAGAAUGUUUAAAGUUUUCAGAAGUAGAAUUCCCCAUAAAAUUAUUUUAAAAAAACUGCUUACAUCGUAACAUCAACAAAUUUCAGAAGUGCUGAAUUUUUCGAUUGACGUGUGCCGCUGCCAGUCAAAUUAAAAUUAUAUCGCUGAAACAAAUUGAAACUGGUGCCAUCUUACUAUGUUUGCUGAAUCAUGAGAUUCUAACAUAAUAUAUUAAGCAAUACUUGUACUGAAAUUCUAACAUACUUGAUAAAAGAAUAUUUAAGUAAUAUUCAAUCACAA